AGGAGCUCCCGAGCCCUCAAACCAGCGGGGAGCCCGCGGGGCAGAGGAUGGAGUAGCGGGGCGAGGCGGCGCGGGAGCAGAUAGCGCCGGGAGCGCCGGCUCCGCCCGGGGGGAGCGCGGAGGAGAAGGGAGGAAGGCGGGGAUCAUGCUCGGGGGGAUAACGCGCUAGGGGCAGGAGGCGGGUGGUCGCCCGGAGACUCCGCACCUCGGGAGUGACGUCCUGCUGCAGUGCCGCUGCCUGCCUACGCUGCCCAAGCUCGUCAAUGGAGCUGGAAAACAUCGUUGCCAACACCGUCUUGCUGAAAGCCAGGGAAGGGGGUGGAGGGAAACGCAAAGGCAAAAGCAAAAAGUGGAAGGAAAUCUUGAAAUUCCCUCACAUUAGCCAGUGUGAAGAUCUCCGAAGAACAAUAGAGAGAGAUUACUGCAGCAUAUGUGAAAAGCAGCCGAUCGGAAGGCUUCUCUUUCGGCAGUUCUGUGAAACUCGACCCGAGCUCGAGUGCUGCAUUAGGUUCCUUGACUCUGUGGCAGAAUAUGAAAUUGCUCCAGAUGAAAAGCUGGGAGAGAAAGGAAAGGAAAUCAUGAUGAAAUACCUCACCCCAGAGUCUCCAGCUUUCGUUCCCGAAGUCAGUCAAGAUCUUAUCCAACAGACAGAGGAGAAGCUCGAAAACAGCCCCUGCAAGGAGCUGUUUGCUCACUGUACAAAAUCUGUCCUUGACCACCUCAGUGGGGAACCAUUCCAAGAAUACCUAAACAGCAUGUACUUCGACAGGUUUCUCCAGUGGAAGUGGCUGGAAAGGCAACCAGUAACAAAAAACACAUUUCGGCAGUACAGGGUCCUGGGGAAAGGCGGCUUUGGGGAGGUCUGUGCCUGCCAAGUCCGGGCCACGGGGAAGAUGUACGCCUGCAAGAGAUUAGAGAAGAAGAGAAUAAAGAAGAGGAAAGGCGAAUCCAUGGCGCUGAAUGAGAAGCAGAUCUUAGAAAAAGUCAACAGUCAGUUUGUAGUCAAUUUAGCCUAUGCCUAUGAAACAAAGGAUGCACUGUGUUUAGUUCUGACCAUAAUGAAUGGAGGUGACCUGAAGUUUCAUAUCUACAACAUGGGAAACCCAGGCUUUGAGGAGGAAAGAGCAUUGUUUUAUGCUGCAGAGAUUCUUUGUGGCUUAGAAGACCUACACAGAGAAAAUACAGUGUACAGAGAUUUGAAGCCAGAAAAUAUCCUGCUAGAUGAUUAUGGCCAUAUUAGAAUAUCUGAUUUGGGUCUGGCUGUUAAAAUCCCUGAGGGCGAAUCAAUCCGUGGAAGAGUGGGAACAGUGGGGUACAUGGCUCCAGAGGUGUUGAACAACCAGAGAUACACACUCAGCCCUGACUACUGGGGGCUGGGCUGUCUCAUUUAUGAAAUGAUUGCUGGGCAAUCACCGUUCCGUGGAAGGAAAGAGAAGGUGAAGAGGGAAGAAGUGGACAGAAGGGUGCUGGAGACAGAAGAGGUGUACUCCCACAAGUUUUCUGAGGAGGCCAAGUCCAUCUGUAAAAUGCUUCUCACCAAAGACGUGAAGCAGCGGCUGGGAUGUCAAGGGGAAGGAGCCCUCGAAGUGAAGAGGCACCCCUUCUUCAAGAGCAUGAAUUUCAAGCGUUUGGAAGCAGGAAUGCUGGAUCCUCCCUUUGUCCCUGAUCCCAGAGCAGUUUACUGCAAGGACGUGUUAGACAUCGAGCAGUUCUCCACAGUGAAAGGAGUUAACCUGGACCAAACAGACGAUGAUUUCUAUUCCAAGUUUUCCACAGGAUCAGUGUCUAUUCCAUGGCAAAAUGAGAUGAUAGAAACAGAAUGUUUCAAAGAACUGAAUGUAUUUGGACCAAAUGGUACUAUUUCACCAGACCUAAACAAAAGCUACCCCCCAGAGCCACCCAAGAAAGGAUUGCUACAGAGGAUAUUUAAACGACAGCACCAGAACAAUUCAAAGAGUUCUCCAAAUUCAAAGGCCAGUAUAAAUCACCACAUAAAUUCAAAUCACGUCAGUUCAAACUCCACUGGAAGCAGCUAGUUCCAACUCAGUUUCAUGAAACAACAUGUUGCAUCCUUCCACUAUAAUCUAUGGAGCUUCUAUGGAUGAGAGAGCCUCCACCAUUGAGUGAAAGAAAAAGGUUCUCCCCAUAAUGGAGAUUUUUCUGCCCAUUCCUUCCAGUGGAGCCUCGCAUUUGAAGAAGAAUUUUCCACUCAGGUCUGUUUUUGGAGGUGGCACUCAAGACUGUGUGAAUCAAGUUUGUCUAUUUAGAACAUUGCAAUAGAAAUUCAAUGAACAUGACUACUUGCACGUAUUUAAAUAGCAUCAUACUAGAACUGAAUUUUGUCUUUAUUAUUUUUAAAGAAAAGUUUUGUAAAUUUCUCUAUUGUCUCAGUUUACAUUUUGUACAUUUGUAUUUAAAUGAAAGUCAGACUUUGGAGGUGUAUAUUUUCCAAGCAGCAGCUGUAAAGCCAUGUGUUUUAAGACAUUUUUUUAAAAGAAAAACAACAAACCAAUGUGACUCAAGACUUCCAGAGCCUCAAAUGAGAAAUCAUUCUUUUUGGUAAUUCUAGAAAAUGAUUCACCAAUCACUUUCUCAGACUGGGUUUUACUGACAUGCAUUUUUAUGGGACAGUUUCUUCUUAAUUGUUUGACAGUUUAUUCUCUGUAUAUUGGGUUUACAGCAACACUGCAUACGUUUCAUUAGUUUGUAAUGUCUCACAUUAAAUGCUAAAAGACAAGAUUUUGAUGCAUUCAAGAAUGCUACUUGCUAAUGCCUAAGGUUUGUGAUGUCAUGGGACCAGCACAGCUGAGAUUUGCACUUACUUACGUUGUUUGCUUACUUUUUAGUUAGAAAGGGAGCCCUAUUUUAAGCCCUUCUCCUUACUAGUUGUUGUGCUGUUUCUAAUGACAGCAAGAACAAAACUGAGAGAGAGGUGACCAGGAAAGCAAAUGACCAUUUGUUUUCCAAGGACUUGAAACCUGCACUGCUGAAGUGAGAGCAAAACUCAUUCUGCAUGCUGCAGUCAGAACUCCAAGAGCUUUCCACGGUUGCUCAUACCAAACAGGUAGCAAACGAGCAGUUUGUGAGAGAGAGUCUUUGUUUGUGCUGACCAUGAGAUUCGUGACAGCUUUCUAGAGCUGAGCUGCAGAGGUUCAGAGUGGGAGCUGAUGCUUUUGAGCAGAACCUGCAGGUUGUGCCUGCACUUACAUACUUCCAUGUGUCACACCAAACACAGAGUGACUUGGCCCCUCAAUUAGGUCCUUGACUUCACUGAAUAAAAUGUCAGUCAUGAAAUAAUACCUCCCACUGUUGGUUCCACCAUUCUUUGUCCAGGAUCCUUUAGCCACUGACAAAAACGUUGUUCCCACUAAUAUAACUAGGUCAGGAUCAGUAGCAGUACCUCAGGCAUCAGAAUCAUACUCUUCUCAAGUAUGCCACUGUCUGUUGUCAUCAAGAACACCGGAUCCAAAAUACGGCUACUUGCCUUCAGCAGGAAUUGGAAAUCCUUUGUCUCCCCCCAGCUGCAGACAGGAUCUCUGUAGCCCAACCUGUUCCGUCUGACACGUUGCUGCACCGUGCUCUUUCCAGUGUCAGCUAGAGUAUACUGAUGGUUUGACACCUUUGGGUCAUCAGGAACAUCUGAAGAUGUCUAAAGCCUUGUUAGUUAGUAGUGCAGUUAUUCCAGGGUACAAGGAAGCAUCGUUCUGGUGCGAGUCUUAAUAGCCAAAAUUCAUCUGGGCAAUGCCGAGGGGAAAGCGGUUGCAGGUUAGUAGGGGCAAAUCUCUCAGUGAGAAAAUGGCAGGAAUUACAUGUUAAAACAUUAUGAGUUCAUGAGGGAGAGAGAACAGGGACAGGAUUUGCAUAAAGCAGCCGGCAGAGAGAAGUCGGGAAAUGGAGAUGAGGCUUUGGAGCCUUUAUCAGGAGUAAAGUACAUUAAGAUGCAAGUCCAUAUCAUUUCAAAAGCCUCCAGUUUCCUAGUCAGUGAUAGACAUGUAGUGAAGUGUGUGUCACAUAGCAUCACCAAGAAGUUCUUCUUUUUCCUUCAGAUCAAGGUGUCCUAGAAAUUCCUUUUCCCUUUAUUGUUGGUGCUCAGGAAGAGCUUCAGCCGCUCUCCCACCUCAGAUGAUGGCUUUGCAGAUCUUAUGGAAGGUGCAAGAUUUGAGAGACCAUAAUACAUGAUAAUCGUGAGCAAUUUUCUCUCUCUGUAUGAGCUAUAAGCUAAAUCUAUAAUGGCUUCAGCAUCCUGAUAGGAAGGGAAUGAACUAUUGUAGAGGUGAAAGCCACUAUGCACAAUCAGAGCUAUUACCUCCACUUCUGUUCUCAUGACCUGACAUGAAGCCACCUCAGUCAACAGUCACUUGAGCACCCUCUGGAUGAAGACAUAUUUGCCCUGGGAGGUUUUCAAAGGACCAGUUGAGGGAGAUUUCCUGCUGCAUCCCUAAAGUGUUGUUAUCUAAUCUGACAAACUUUAAACAGUAUUAUGAUGCUGGGGCAGCAGAACUGUUGUACUCUUUCAGUAUCCAGGCCCUGAAAGCUUCAAUCAAUAUCAUCCAUCACUAGUGAUAAUGAACAGUCCUGUGAAUCUUGUAGUCAGGAUCUGCCUAGGACAACAAAACCUGCAGGGUUUUCUUUUUUAUUACCUCUUUGGCUUCUGUUAAUGAUUCAGCUCACCUUGCACUUAAGGCCCACAGUCCUCUCACUUCCAUUGUGUGCCCAGGUGCAAUCUGAAUGCAGAGCUCAGGGCUGGAGCUUUGCCAAGGCAGAGCCCGGCACAGAGAAGCCUUCCACAGACACUUGGCAUUUAGCUCUCUGGAGCCAAAUGUGAAAAACACUGGGAGCUCUGACUGCUCAGGAACUCUGCAAAAUUAAAAAGACUUCUGUUUUCAUCAUACAGCCUCAGAGAGCAUCUGCAAUGGGACUUGUUUGGUAUUUCGAUUCCAAGUAGAUGGGUUUUGAAGUGGGUUUACACAUAAGGAAUCAGCAGAAAGGAGGAGUUCUAUAAUAGCUUUUCCAGACUGAUUGAUUUUCUGUUAUCCAACUACAACAAAAAUUCUUUCCCCCUCCCCCCCAAAAAUGCCAGCAUUCAGAUCUGGUUGCUUGUUUUGAAUAGACAGGUGCAAACUUAGCCCUUUGUAAGGAUCAGAGAUCUUUUGCAAGCUGUUCCUUAAUUGUGCAAGCAUGGUUUUUCUUUUUAAAUCUUUACUGAGUAGUCUGAUGAACACUAAUUAUUUUACAGGCUUUUAUGAUUCAGAUGUUUGCUAUUCAGUUUCUAUAGUGUCUUAAGGUUCACUUAAGUCUUGUAGAAUUUUUUUCCCCCCACUCUCCGGUUGAGUAAAGAGAUAAUGAAGGAAAAAGUAACAAAUGAUAAACUCUUAUGUGUGCACUCUUGACCUGGAUUAUCUAAAAAGAGAUUUUUUUACAAGAAUAGCCAUGACUCAGAUGCUGUUUCUGAACAAAAACCUGCUUGUGAAGCUCAGAAAGGUGUGAAGAUAAUCAAACCAAACAGGUACUGGAGAUCAAACUGAAUGCUAUGGAGCUUCAGAAUUCAAUAUUACACAUUACACUCUGGCCCUGAUGAUCAGGGAUGCCUGGUGACUGGCAGCUCAGAGACACCAACAGCUAUCCAUGACAACAGCUUGAUAACAUCUCAUUUUGCAGUCAUCCCCUGCCCCAGAACCUAUGGCUCAGAGGGCCAUCAGCAGUAGGGAGUUAAACUGGGCUGACCUGGUAAAGCAUCUGGUUAGAAGAUGUUCAACCAGACCUUGGGAUCCAGAUGGAAUUCUGUGCUUCAGCUGUUAAAGCCUCAAUUCAAAUCCAGUCACUGUGGAUGCUUCAACUCAAAAGAAAACCAAGAAACCAAUCUGUAAUGCUAAUAAAACCAUGGGCAGCACAAGGAAGACAGACAGGUUGUGAGCUCUGCGAGUUUCUGAGUAUGAAAAUUCCCAUGAGGUGUGUGUUCAGCCAGUGUCCAACAGUAGUUGUCAUCACACAUUGCUGCACAUUCUUCCUUGGUUCAUAGAAUCAUAGUUCCUCAAGUAACCUGGAAACUGCACACACAAGGCCCUGUUGAGCAUAGGGUCCAUCCCAUGGCUCAAAGACAAUGUCACCUCUGUGAGGGUCAGAUGGAACAGUUGGAUGGGGCAAGCAGGUGUCCGCUCAGGCUGCAUCAACAGCCUCUGCUCCUGUGUGUCUGAGCCUCAGCUGGGAAUUCCCUACGUGAGCUUUGCUGGAAGAGCAAUAACUGCACACCCUUAUAGCACAGCUGCUGCUUCUUAGGGCCAUCCACGGAACAGCUAGCUGCAGGACCUGCCCUCAUUGUGAACAAGAUAAGGGUGUGUCAACCUCUGCACCACAGUGAGUUGGGAUUUUGGUUUUGUAACACUCACUUGACCAAUGUGUCAGUGCAGAGGAGCUCGUUCAUCGGGCGUUUCUAGGCAUUGCCAUACUGGACUUUCCUUUGGGGAACAUCCCUGGGUUGGUCUGCCCCUUGGGAUGUGGAGCAUCCUCCUUUCAUGCGUGCAGCAUGAAGCACAAAGUGGCUGCAGCAGCUCUAGAAGUCCCAGCUGAAAGGCUGACUUGCCCAGGGAUGGUCCUGCACUGACUCUGGCUGCCCGGGGGUACAUCUGGCAGUGAAGCUGGGGACAAUCAGCCUGGUCAGUGGCUCCAUGGAAAACAGAUUUCAGAGUUGUCUCUCCAGCCUUUCACAGAUAUGACCAGCAAUUUAACACACUGCUAAUUAUUUAGAGUAAGAACGUGACUAACACCCUCAUGCUAAAGCUGAAAGUCUGCAGAAGUUUCAAACAAUUACUCCCUUUUGUGUGCUGGGCAGGACACAAACUGGUUUGUACUGAAUAAUACUGCAGCGCUGGCUGGUGGUAACUUUCUGUGCAGGGAAGAGAAAGAAAUUGCUUCAGAGAAUUUUUGCAGAUUAUUUCCUUUAGGGAAACCACCAAAGAAGACGAAAGCCAACAGUGUGCUACAGUACUGCAGGCUCACCUCCCCCAAACAUCUCUGUGCUAACACAAAUACAAGCUGCUGCAGUUGGAUCAGCUGUGUACUGACAAACAGGCUCUGGGAAAGAAUGUUAAACAGAUUGCUGCCUCUUCAAUGAAAUGGAUAUUACUGCUGGCACACGUACCCACUCUCCCUGGUUUAUGUACUGGAGCCAGCACGGUGGUUUGUAUUGCUGGUCUGCCCAUGUUCUUCUUCACUGCCCGGAGCAAACCUCUGUGCAAUGUUGUUUUCCCAUUUUUAAACAUGGAGGGAUGCUCUCUGUCUAUCAAUAGCACUUUGGGGUCUGUGCAUAAAACAAAUCAAUAUCAACUCUCUGUAUUAUUAUUUACGUGAAAUAGGCUUAACGUAGCUGCUCUUGCUCACGUGACUAGGGAGAUGGCUCUUGUAAAUUAGGGCUCUCUUUCAUUAUUGGUUUGUUCUUAGUUCCUUAGAGAAGCAAAGAAGAAUGCACUGGGCUGCUGUGAAGGCAUCUCCAGCAGCAGCUGAGGUGACAGUGCAAACGUUAUUCACUUCUUCAGUGCUAGUUUGUAAUUGCAGCAUUCACAAGGACGCUUCCUCUGGUUUUAUAGUUAUGAGGAAGGGAACAAAAUAACAAGCGCUGGUUCAACUGUCUUGGCCAAGCCUGUGAUGAAUCCCUGGGCACCGGUUCAGUAAGAUGCUGAGUGAAGUCACAGAGAUGCAUCAGUGGCAAACAGGGGGCCAACUCACUGCCCAGCUCUGGAAACAGGAGAGGCAACCACACGCCUGGGAUCAACGGUCUCCAGAGGAGAACUCCAGGUUUCCUGGAGAACCAGCGGUUCUGUAGAGAAGAUUCACUCCCGGAGAAGAAACCUUUCAGGUAGUGGCUGGAUGACCAAUGUGUUUUCCUUUCUCACCACCCCACAUGCAGCUCUUUGUUAACUACGAUUAUUAGCGAGAUCGAAGGAGUUCUGUUUCACAUGUACCCAACGUGGUCUCCCUUACCUGCAUUUCUUUGAAACACUGGACACUCUUCUAAAAGACAUUUCAGCCUUUGGAAGGUGAGAGUUGUAAAAACUUUAUUUUGUGUUUUGAGCAAUGUAGAUAGACCUAAAGAUUUCAUGAACUAUCAUGUGGUUGCCCAUACCUGACUAAUAAAUGAGUUGUAAAAUUGCAGUUUCAUAUUAGGGUUAGUCUGUUCACCUGCUUUAAAAAAAGAAACCCAUAUUUGGUAUAGAAACACACACCCAAUAUCCUUCUGAUUGAAUCUCAAGAGCAUAUCAGGGAUUCAAUGUUUUUAAGCACUUCUAAUACUGUAGUCUAUACGAGGAGCAGACACUUCUAGAGCAAUGUUAAGAGUCGUCUUUCAUAACUGAGUCAAGAGAUCAUUUUUGUAAUAAAUUAAAGCAAGUGUUCUCAAUUAGAAGAGCUAGUGGCUGUUGGUAUUGUACAAAAAAAACCCCAAACCAUUCUAGUAUCCGAAGGGUUAGGGGUGGGGAGGGGCUGUUUGGUUUUCUUACUCUUUCCAAGGGAGAUCUUUAACAUUGUUUGAUGAAGCUAGUUUCAUUUUGAGAUUGUUACUGAAGAUAAAGGCUUCUGUGUUCUAUGGCUGCUUGGAUUCUUCGUACAUAAUGUCCUAGUAAUGUCACAGUGCUGCUGUAUCUAGAUCAAACCACUGUUCUGAUUGGUUUUUUGGCUUCGGGUUUUGGUUUGUUUUUUUUAAUAAAUUCCUUAAU